AUGAUGCUCUCACUUGGCCUUCUGGCGUGGACAUCUAUCUUCAGUCUUGCUAGUGCUCAGUCUCAGUGCAGCUUGCCGGCAGGUGAUGUUUGCGCUUUUGAAAAUGCCACAACUUAUGAAGCAACUGGUGCUCCAAAUUGUACGACUAGUGGCGUUCAAAAGUUCGUGAAUAAACUUGCAGGAAAUGAGACAAGAUUGACUGUCGCCUAUGCUUUCUACAUCAACAACAAUGCCACUCUUAAUGAGUUUACGGAUUAUGUCAAUGCCUCAACUUUCACUCCCACGAACAGUGGCACGCCUGUGUGUGCCUUCCGAGUGGAUGGCAAGAACAAAGAGGGUGCUAGCUGGGGACUUGGUGCCCUUCUUCCCGCUCACUUCAACAGAAGUCUGAUGAUGGCUGCCCCGGAUGUCGGAAUAUCCUGGGGUGUCGCCAGUGCUGGUUUGAGAUACGCUUUCGCAACUUUCGCUUCCAACUCCGGACAACAUGAGCCGGAUCAUGUUUCGGGCUGGGAAACACAAAACGGAUUGACUGCUUGGAGCCACCGUGCGUUGCAGUUAUCCACUAUAACUGCCAAGGCUAUCGUCAAAGCUUGGUAUGGCGUGGAGACAAAGUAUAGCUAUAUUAAUGGUUGCUCUGGAGGAAGGCGACAAGUGCUGAAGUCCAUUCAGACCUACCCUGAUGACUAUGAUGGUGCGAUGGCGGGUGCACCAACAUGGUGGUUGACUCACCAGGAGUUUUACAAUAACAGACAGACAACUCUGGGUGGCUCCAGUAAUGUGAACUCCUCAAUUCCAUCGUCUCUUUAUCCCGUCAUUGAGGGGGAAGUCAUUCGUCAAUGUGAUCCUCAGGAUGGUCUGACCGACAGGGUGGUCUCAAACCCUCAGGGCUGUUUCUUCAAUGCCGCAGCAUUGGCCUGUAACAGCACACAAACCUCUGACUGUCUCACUCCGCAUUCAGCUAAAGACCCUUCAAAAGAUAACGUCCUCGGGCUCAAGAACUUCACAUCCAAGGACCUGACCUACAAACUCAUUAAAGAAGCGGAAUCUCUGAAUCCCGCCCAAGGUAAUGCGGACGAAUUUGACCUUUCGCCGUUCUUUGAGAAAGGAGGAAAGCUUUUCCACUGGCAUGGAAUGUCAGACUCGAUUGUUUCCCCCGGGCCAAGCGUGUACUACCACAACCAGACUGAACACAUUGCCCAGGAGAAGGGCAUCAACAUGACCGAUAGCUAUCUCCUUUACCUGAUCCCUGGUCUCGAACACUGCACCGGAACUUCAGACUGUGUGGAGGCCCUGUGGUACCUGGCUGGUCCGUAUCAGGCCGGCAACUUCUUCAACUUUACCCCUGCGAAUGUCGUUGAAAAUUACCCGCACGACUUUUUUCUCGCACUGAUGAGCUGGGUUGAGGGUGGCCAUGCGCCAUCAUAUAUGGUCACGACCAAUUUCGAGAAUAACACAGACCCAACAAGACUGCUGCAUAAUCGCAAAAUUUGCCCGUGA